CACACAAAAUAAGUGUGAGAAAGAGUAUCUCUCUUGAGUGUUAAAGUCAUGCAGCUCAAAUCAUCAUCAUAUUCAUCAUCUUCUUCAUCACCAUCCAUGAAACUCAAAACCUUAAUCCAAAAUCUCCUUGCACACCCUCUCUACCGUUUCCUUAGAGCUGUCUCUAAAGCUAAAUCAAUCUUUCUAGAGAUGUCUAAACACAACAACAAGAAACGAAAGCUCACCAUGUUUUUUCCAAGAAAGGCUUCAAAGAAUCAACGCAAGAUCUUCUUCGGGUCGUUCAGAUUGCACUACAACUGGUGUUCCUCUGAUGUUGUUCCUGUGCCUCAGCCUUUCCCUUUUUCUGUCUCUGACAUCAAUGGUGAAGAAGAUGAUGAAUCUCAGCUCUCUGGCUACCUCGAGUGGCUGGAGCACAAGAAGGUCGAGGAUUUGGAAGAGGUAAGAGAUGAUGCAGGAGCCAAUGAUGAUGAUGAUAUUGAUCAUUUGGCCGAUAUGUUCAUCGCUAAUUGCCACGAGAAGUUCUUGCUCGAGAAAGUCGAAUCUUACAGAAGGUUUCAAGAAAUGUUAGAAAGGGGUUUGUGAAACAUAGAUUUUGACUUUUGUCUCAUUAAUUAAUAAUCAUGUUGUAAAAUCUUAGCUAGUUUGAUUUGAUAAUAUUGCCACAAGGUGGGGAAAGUGUAUCUUGAAAGUUUUGGUGGUAAUGUGCAAGAAGUUGGAACUUUUGGGGUAGUCAGUGAAACAUGGUAUUGUAAAAACAAAUAAAUAAUCUUGUCCAUCUAAUUGGGCACAUCUAGUUAAGUUGUAAGUUUUGAUUAGUGUUUGGUAAACUGUA